AUGAUUUGGUUUUUGAUUACUUUCCUUAUCUUGACUUUCAAGUUGGCUGCCUCGUGCGAUGAGUUUGACGUUAGAGCAGUCUCGUAUUCAGCAAGUGAAGCAGUUUUGUCCACUGAAACCGUUAUUUUGGUUGAAGGUGAAGCUAAAUGUAAAGGGAAGGGACCUCCAGACCUUUUCGCUGAACUAAAUGGAGUUUUCCAACCAGUUAGUCGUCAUAUUGAAACAGACAAUUUCCAAGUGACAUUUGUUUUCAACCAUAAAAGUAUCCCGAAAGGAGAUUAUCUAGUCCGUUUUUAUAACGAUAAAGGCGUAACAGCUUUCUUGCGUUCAAUGAAGGGUGGUGUAACUCCUGACGUACAACCAGUCUUCACAGUUACCGUGCGACAUAAAGGUAUAUCUUACAAGCCAGUUGUGUACCUUGAAACAGUAGCGCUGUUGACAAUCCUCUUGAUAGCACUUGGAGCUAUUAUCACUAAAAACAAUCAAUUCGAAGGGAAAACAUUUGUCUACAAAUAUACAACAAAUCUAUCCGAAAAUUCCUAUAAACAAGUAAUAUUAGAUGUAUUGUCAGGAAGCGUAUACAUUACGCCAAUAAUAUUGAACGAAUUCAAUGAAAAAGUGGAUGCAAUAAACAAAAGUCUAUGGUAUGUAACAUUGAACAUUGAUAAACAAACAUCUACGGAAGGAAUUACAUUAAACUCACUAGUUUUAUUUAAUUCUAAUGGUUUAAUUGAUCGAAUAUUUAUUUCUCGAUCAACCUUAAAGAAAGGUAUUAUUGAAAUUAAUCUAUUCAAAGGAUUAUUAAGUCUAUUUAAUGUACAUAAUAAAUUUGAAGCAGGUAUUGAGAUAGAUAGUUCAGGAAAAUGUCAAGUAACUUAUGCUACUACUAGUGCAGUUGCAGUCGCAGACAAAUCGCCCACUACUCCUACAUCGGAUAAUAUCAUUAUUAUUGAUAAAGAAAAGACGUUGUGUGAACGAUUACAAAAACCAAUUGAUGUAUGGAAUGAAAAUUCACUACCGCUAUUUAAUUUCAAAGAAUCUAGACAGAUCUUAACACGUUAUAAAUGUGAUAGGUUGACACAUCAAAUUCUUGAAGUCUACGCUUAUGAAAAACAACUUCAUGCAUUUAUUGAUGAUUUAUCUGAGGCGAAUUAUAAAGAAUAUCAACAAUUGAUCAAUUCUACUGGGGUGAAUUUAAUUUCAUGGCAAGAAUUAAAGUUUAUCGAGGAAACGAUACAUCAAGAUGAUAGAAUUCAGAAAAUUGUUGAAAAACAUUAUGAUUUCACUUUGGAUGAGGUAAUCGAAAUCCUAUUUGGUUCAGAUUAUCAAACCAUCCAUUUAGGCUUGGUAUAUCCAAUAUCAAAAUCUCAAACAACAUGUGGUUUAAAUUUAAACCUAUUCACCGCAAUCCAUAGUGAUAGUUUUGAAGGUGAUGAUAAUCAGAAAAGGGAUCAGAUGCUUUUCAUUUUACGUCAACACAUUGAAUCCUAUCGAGAUCACCUUCAGACAGAUGCUAUAGGAUCAAUUCAAUCGACUGAAGCUCUAUUAAAUUUAACCAGUUUAUUACGUUGUCUUUCAACUAGUAACGCGUCGAUUUCCGCAUUGACCAGUGCUACAAUGUUAGCCCCUCCAGCUAUUGAAGGCCGAGUGAUUUAUCGUCAAAUUAAUACAUGGAGAGAUCGAUUAAUCGAUAUAUUGAUCAGUUGUGGUACAGACACAUGUUUAACAAUUGUCCUCAAUCGAUUAACAGCUUUAAGUGAAUUCAUUUAUUCGAAUAAAGGCGAAGAAGAAGCAGGAGGAGGCGUUGAAAAUUAUAACGAUAAAUCUUUAGAAAUUAUUAAAAGUAAAGAAAUGCUCUACACUAAACUUUGGCCAUCCAUAUCACAUUUACGCAAGUUGACUAGUGUUCAUCAAAUGGAUCAAUUGUAUGCAAUGUGUGAAAAAUCAAUACUUAUCGAUGAUAACUACAUAUGUCUAGUGACUUUGAUUAAUUUAUUGGAGCAUAACAGCAUCGCCUAUGAUGUAAGACCAAUUGUUCAACAUAUUCAAAAAUUACUUGAUAUCUCAGAGUUCAGUGUGAAAAAUGCACCAAUGAAACGUAAUAAACUGUUAGCUGGUUUAGCUAUGAGUAAGAAGUUACGUCAUCCAAGCUUGACAAGAUCACUGUUUAAAAUAAUUCUUGAUAAUUCAGAAAAACGGAUUCCAGUGGUUCUACAAACUUUAGCUAUCCGAGUUAUUGGUGAGAUACAUUUUUCAAAUGCGGUUAAAAAUCGAUUAAAAAGUUACAAUGAUCAUGAUCAACAACAACAGCAGUUAACUGAAAUACGCACUCGACUUAUUGAUAUUCUGUAUAAACUGCCAAAAGAGUCACAAAAUGAUUUAUUAAUCGGUCAAGAAAUAUUCAGAGUGUUAUUACUUUCAGAAUUACCAGCUGGCAGCCUUGCCCAGAUUCUAUCUGAUCUGGCUCAACAGUCAAGAUGGUCACUGAUUGAAAUAUGUCGUCAACUGAUUCAACAAUGGUGUAAAAUGGAAAUGUUAACCAUCGAUGAAUGUCAAUGUCUUGACUGGCGACAGUCAACAUCAACUUGCCAGCUAGGACUAAGUGGAAGUUGGUCUGGUUUAACUGGAAACACUGGCGUAGAAGAAAUUGGUCAAGCCACACGGUUACACAAUGAAAUAAGCAAUUUGAAUAAUACUCUACUUAUUGAUUAUACAACAUAUUUUGUCUUGGAUCCUGACGGAGGUUUACAACUCUCUGAUCUCUCGGUUAGUUUAGUGAGUAAAGAUGGUGAAGCGGUGAUUUUCGACUUUAGUAUUCAAGCUGAUAAAUUGACUACACUUGGUGGUGGCGGUAAGUCGUCGAGUAAGAGUAAAGACACCGCUUCAUCCGAUUCUGAUAGUGAUGCAUGGUUGAAUGUUGACUUCAGUUACCUAGGUAUAUCUCUAUUACCGCAAGAAGUGUUCUCUGGCGGGGCAUUAGAUAUUGUGAAAUUCCUCUGGUCUGCUUCAUCGAGUCGGUUGACACCACUUUUACAAGUUUUAAAAUUGCCAAUUGAUCAACGCAUACAAAUCAGUCUAACAUCUGGUCGGGUAGUACAAAUGGAUAAUUUAGUCGGAUUGGCGUUAAGUAUAUCCAGCUCACUGGAGGCAAGUGUAUGGCGAUUGUCAGGUAAAAGUUUAGCUAGAACACAAAUAGGAUUAAUCAAUGAAAUGAAAAUCAAUUUGUUACAAUCAUAUCCCCCCUCCUCCUCACAACUGCAGCAACACCAACAACAUGAAGAACAAUCGAUAAACUUACAAUUGCAUCAUUCACUUAUUACAAAAGGAUUUGCUUUACAAGGAAAUAUUGAUUUUACUACAGAAAUCGAUAUUAAACAUCUUCCGGAUAGUAUAUGUAUGACUAUGGAUCAAGGUGAUAAUGCUUAUGUUUUACAAUGGUAUUUAACUAAUUAUUCGUCGUUGUUCUCCUCCCCUGCUUCCCUUUCUGCUUCUUCCUACAUUACCUCUCCGCUAGUGAACACUAUUCAUCAUGAUAAGGAUGUUUAUUACAUGUCAAAUUAUACCCUACAACCAGUGACAUACUUUUUAGGUAAGGAUAAUUCAUUGAAAUGCAGGAAAAUGAAAGUCUAGUGAAAAACUGAGAUCAAGAAAAUGAUCUUCUAUGAAACAUUCUUUCUUUUUUUUUAAAAAUUUGUAUAUUGAUUUUUUUCUUUGUUUUCAG